CACGCCUCUUUUCCUUUCCUCUUUAUCAUUCCCCUCUCACUUUUCUUUCUUUUUAUUUUCCUCACCACGUACGCCAAACCUGUGUCGUUUCUCUCUUUCUCUCUCACAGCCUUUCAUUGACAUUAAUGCAGAGCUGUAUAUUGCAGUAGCAGCAUCUGCAAAACCUGACAGUGAAAAAGAGUAACACCUUUUUUUACAGUACAACCCAAAGUCAAGUCCUGAACCCCUCCUUUUUCUCUGUCAUCAGAAAAACAGCCACAACCAGAAUAAUAAGAAGAAUCACAACAAGAAUUUUAUUUAAUUUCCCAAUAUUAUACGAAAACUCUUCGCUCGCUCAGUCAAGACAAGAGUAACGUCCACUCAAACAUUCACUCCAAAUCCAACCACACGCCCUACAUAUACUUCAUUUCUCAAUACUAAACAUGAUCGACACUCUUAGAUACCUUCUCGGCUCCGCCGGUCCAAGCGGCUUCGGCUCCAAAUCCACCGCCGAACAAGUCACGGAAAACCGCGCCGAUCUCCGCUGCCUCACCGCCAUCAUCACCGGUGCUACGUCUGGAAUCGGAGCUGAAACGGCGCGUGUGUUAGCGAAACGUGGAGCGAGGCUGAUUCUGCCGGCGCGUAGCUUGAAAGCUGCCGAAGACGCAAAAGCGCGUAUAUUAUCAGAGUGUCCUGAUUCGGAGAUCAUUGUUAUGGCUCUUGAGCUAAGCUCUCUCAAUUCGGUUAGAAGCUUCGUAAAUCAGUUCCACACUCUCGGUUUGCCUCUCCAUCUUCUCAUAAACAACGCCGGAAAGUUUGCUCAUGAACACGCUGUAUCGGAAGACGGAGUUGAAAUGACCUUCGCCACUAAUUACCUAGGUCAUUUUUUGUUGACAAAGUUGUUGCUGAAGACGAUGGCUGAAACGGCGAAGGAGACGGGAGUGCAGGGUCGGAUAGUGAACGUGUCGUCCAGCAUCCACGGGUGGUUUUCCGGCGAUGCUGUUUCGUAUCUGGCUCUUAUAAGCCGUAACAAAAGCCAUUACGACGCCACACGUGCUUAUGCUCUUUCCAAGCUCGCCAACGUUUUCCACACUAAGGAGCUUGCACGUAGACUCCAGCAAACGGGGGCCAACGUGACUGUUAACUGUGUUCAUCCUGGGAUUGUGAGAACCAGACUCACUAGGGAGCGUGAGGGUUUACUCACAGAUUUAGUGUUCUUUUUGGCUUCCAAGCUCCUAAAGACCAUUCCUCAGGCAGCUGCCACAACAUGUUAUGUGGCAACUCAUCCGAGGCUGUCCGAUGUCUCCGGCAAAUACUUUGCUGACUGUAACGAAACUUCAACCUCAAAAUUGGGAUCCAACCUAGCGGAAGCCACAAGGUUAUGGGCCACUUCUGAAUUCAUGAUUUCUAGGGGUCCAAAGGCUGCCUUUGACCUACUCAAGCACCUUGAAUUUUGAAGUUUCUUGGACACUGCAACACAAACACACACGUAAGUCUGGAGAGAGAGCAACCCUAAUACUGUUUUACUCUCUCUCGAUAGAGUCAAGAUAAUGAUAGGAAGGGUUAACUUUGCACAUAUGAUCUUGAUAUAUAUCUAGGGUAUAAUAUAAUUAAAUAUGUCAUGUAUAAUUAUUUUGAUCAUCUCUUAGGCUAAACAAUAGGAAACUUGCUGGUUUUAUUUUAUUAUUGGAAGCAAAAGUCUAAAAUAUAUGAUUGCUUGAGAUGCUAGUUAGAUUGGGUAGCCAUGAUGAUACAAUGAUUAUGGAGCUUGGGUUAUGUUAAACUUGGAUCUUAGCUAGAUUAGAAAUGAAAGUGCCAGGAAAACUCUAAUUGUACAUAUUGUUUAUUUAUUGCUUUGUUUCUGGGAUGUA